AUGACCAAGGAAGAUAAUCGGAAGAAAUUUCUGGACCAGUUCCCAUCGUUGGUGGCCCAGCUAACCGAAGCUUUGAAGACGUAUGGUAUUCCUCAGGAUGCUAUUGAUUGGUACGAGAAGUCGUUAAUGUAUAACACGCCUGGGGGGAAGUUGAACCGUGGGUUGUCAGUGGUUGACACAUAUGUGAUUUUGAAGGGCCUCAACUCACCUUUUGACAUGCCUGACGAGGAGUACAGCAAGGUUGCUUUGUUGGGGUGGUGCGUUGAGUUGUUGCAGGCUUACUUUUUGGUUGCUGACGACAUGAUGGACAAAUCGAUCACCAGAAGGGGCCAGCCCUGUUGGUAUCGUAUUGACGAGGUUGGUGACAUGGCCAUCAACGACGCGUUUAUGCUGGAGGCUGCGAUAUACUGUUUGUUGAAGAGGAACUUCAGGAACGAAUCGUACUACGUCGAUUUGUUGGAGUUGUUGCACGAUGUCACUUUCCAGACGGAGGUGGGCCAGUUGUUGGACUUGAUGACUGCGCCAGAGAUGCUAAUUGAUUUGUCGAAAUUCUCCUUAGAGAGACACUCGUACAUUGUUAUUUUCAAGACCGCUUAUUACUCCUUCUAUUUGCCUGUUGCGUUGGCGAUGCAUAUCUCCGGUGUCAACGACGAGAGGGAUCUCCAACAAGCAAAGGAUGUGUUGCUCCCCUUGGGAGAGUACUUCCAAAUCCAAGACGACUACUUGGACUGUUUUGGCAAGCCAGAAGAUAUCGGCAAGAUCGGUACCGACAUCCAAGAUAACAAGUGUUCUUGGGUGAUCAACGCCGCUUUGAAGCUAUGUUCUCCCGAGCAGAGAAAGAUCUUGGACGACAACUACGGCAGAAAGAGCGACAUCUGUGAACAAAAGUGCAAACAGGUCUUCGCAGACUUGAACUUGGAAAAAGUCUACGAGAACUACGAAGAACAAGUCGCCGCAAAAUUGAGAGACAGAAUCGAGAUGACCGACGAGUCCCGUGGAUUCAAGCGUGAGGUUUUGUAUUCUUUCCUAGACAAGAUUUACAAGAGAAAGAAAUAA